UUCAGGUUUCAGCAAUGAGGUUUCAGAUUCAGAUUUCACCCUGCUUGCUGCUCCUCCUUGGCUCUGUUGCGCCGGCUACACUAUCACUAUGUGGCCUAGCUGCUGCAGCACGGCCUGGUGCAGCCACAGCUGCCAUGCAGGAGCAGGAGCUCGACCGUGUCACGUCGCUGCCUGGGAUGCCGGCCAACUCGCCUGAAUUCAGGCAGUACUCCGGCUAUGUCACAACUGACGAGUACCUCGGCAAGGCACUCUUCUACUGGUUCUUCGAGGCCACCGACAAGCCUGACGAGAAGCCACUCGUCUUGUGGCUAAAUGGAGGACCUGGAUGUUCUUCCGUUGGGUUUGGACAGGCACAGGAGCUAGGGCCAUUUCUAGUGAAGAAAGAUGUGGCUGAACUUGAGCUGAAUCCAUACGCAUGGAACCAAGCUGCCAAUUUGUUGUUCCUGGACUCUCCGGCUGGUGUUGGAUUUUCUUACACCAACACAUCCUUCGAAAAAGAUCCACCAGGAGACAAUUCCACCGCACAUGGUUCAUACACUUUCCUGGUCAAGUGGUUCCAGAGGUUCCCUCAGCACAAAAUGAAGGAGUUCUACAUAGCUGGAGAGAGCUACGCAGGUCAUUACAUUCCCCAACUUGCUAACGUGAUUGUGGAUCAGAACAAGAUUGCAACCAAACAAAAUUACAUAAACUUGAAAGGCAUCAUGAUAGGAAAUGCUUACAUGGAUGGUGACAAGGACCUGCUGGGGAUUGUUGAUUCUGCAUGGCAUCACGCAAUCAUCUCCGACAAGCUUUACAGUGACUUUCAGAAAUUCUGCAACUUCAGUUUGGAAGUCCUGACUAAGAAGUGUUACGCGGCAAUCGUUCAGUUCAACGCUCUCUACAACAUCAUAGACAUCUACAGCCUUUACACCUCGCGCUGUGAGCUCGGAUACCCAAACUUCAACUCGUCGUUUGCAGCACAAAUCGGACGAACCAGCAGCCGUUUCGAUUUACUGAAGAUACCAAUGGGCUAUGAUCCAUGCACGCAAACUUACGCGACUGAAUAUUUCAACCGUAAAGACGUGCAGAAAGCUCUACAUACCAAUAUCCCUGGAGCUUACUCCCUUUGCCGUAAUUCUAUCGGCCGCGCAUGGAACGACUCUGACAUGACUGUCGUUCCAGUCGUCAAGAAGCUCGCUCAGUCAGGUCUCCGUAUAUGGAUUUACAGCGGCGACACGGACGCGAGAAUCCCUACAACCUCAACCAGGUACACACUGAAAAAGCUAGGCCUGCCCAUCAAAGAGGACUGGUCGCCAUGGUUCCAUCACAAGCAGGUUGGUGGGUGGACUGUGGUGUUCGACGGCGUGACAUUUGUGACGGUGAGAGGAGCCGGCCACAUGGUGCCAUCCGUCAUGCCGGAGCAGGCGCUUGUGCUGUUCAAGUGCUUCUUAACCAAUCACAACCUUCCCUCUAAGCCAUUCUAGCCUUAAUUUGAAUCAUGUCACCAGGAUUGAUACAUGUUUCUUAAUAAAAUCCCUGCAUUUGAUGAA